CAAGAAAACUGUGAUGGUUAGGAGGACAAGGGGAGGAGGAGGAGGAGGAGGAGGGAGGAGGAGGAGAGGGAAGGAGGAGAAAGAAGAGAAGACAAAAGAUUCAUAAAAUCUAAAGCAGUUGUGGACGACAGCAAAAGUUCUCGUAAAGCUCACCCUCUUACAAGUUGAAGGAAUGGGCAGCCUUCCAGUGGUCCUGCUCCUCUGCAGUUUCCACGCGCUCGCAGCUGUAGCCCAAACCCAAGACCAGCCGACCGAAAGCUCCCCGACACCUGGAGUCACCUUGCCACCCAACUGUAGGGAGGAGAUGUAUGCUUGCACCAGGAUGUACUCGGUUCACCGGCCCAUCAAGAGAUGUAUUGGUUCUCUUUGUCUCUACAGCCUUCCUCGUGUCUACGUGAUCAACAAUGAGAUCUGUAUGAGGACGGUGUGCCAACAGGACGAGUAUCUGAAAGCUGAACUGUGCAGAGAGAGGUCCGGGUGGCCCAGGCGUGUCGAGAGGUCAAAUAAUAGAAAACUCUGUCGCAAUCGCCGUAGCAACCCCAAAACCUGGGCAAACAAGGCCUAAUGGGGCCCCGGAUGGCGAUGUGACCACCUGUGAGGACGGAGCCUCUCUUAGAGACACAAACCAGGGACGUCGUCAUAAAAACAGCCCAUAACACCAUAAAUCCACCUCUCAACACCUGGGGGUCUCUUUCUUUCUUUCUUUCUCUUUCACACAUUCGCACCAGUGUGCUGACUCAUAUCUAUGUUUAUGUAUUAGUAUUUUGUGUGUGAAUAUAUAAGCUCAUUUCAUCUGUGUGUUUUUGGACACAGAUGAAGUCUUCCAUGGUUUACGAUCCAUUUAAAGUACUGUAGUAAUGGGCCUAUAACAGCACUGAGUCAUUUCAUUGUACAAAGAAAGACCCACUCUGUGUACUCGUUGACAGUCCAGUAUUAUGUGCACUAUUGUAUCCAAAAAAUAUAUAACAUUUGUUCAGUUAUUUGUUUAUUGAUUUGUUCUUUUUCACUCGGUUUAUUCAGGAGAAAAAAACAACAAAUUAAAGUUAUGGUCACUGA